UCCGUGCUCACUGAGCUGUAAUUUUCCCUCACCCCGCCGCGACGCCGCCCCCAUCAUCGACUAGCUGCGAAUCUGGGGGCGAUCUCCUUCUCCUCCUCUUCCUUCUCCAGAUCCCCAAAUCCGCGCGCGCCCUCGCAUUCCGGGGAAUUCCCAAUUUAGGUUAGAUCUGCGCACCGCGCCGCGCUCGGCGGCCGCCUCCGCCUGCGCCACCCAAUAAGGCCGGCAUGGAGGAGACGUCGACGCCGCCGCAGCCGCAGCCGCAGCCGGCGCACCCGUCUCCCCAGUUCCCGGCGGUCUUCACCCCGCCGCCGCCGCCGACGAGCGGAUUCUCGUCGCGGGGCAGCCCCAGCCCGGGCACGGGCUCCGCCGCGGCGCAGGCGCAGUUCAGCACGCCGCCGGGCCCGCCGGUCUUCUCCUCCCCGCUGCGCCCCGCCGCGGUGCCCUUCCGCGCCACCCCGGCGUCGCCGCAGCCCGUGCCCUUCGCGUCCCGCGGCGGGGGCUACUCCUCCUCGUCCUCCUCCGCCGCCGUCUCGCUCCCGACCUCCUCCGGCCCGCACUUCCUCAACGGCGUCGCCACGCCCACCUCCCACCUCCCGUCCUCCGCCGCCGCCCCGCCGCCUCCUCCGCCUCCGCCCCCCGAGGAGUCCCCCUACGUCCUCUUCUCCGCACACAAGGUGCUGAAGCAGAAGAAACUGCUGAAUGCUCCUAGCUUAGGGUUCGGAGCUCUAGUGUCUCCUGGGAGGGAAGUGGCGCCAGGGCCAGAGACUGUGGAGCGUGAUCCUCGGCGAUGUCUGAACUGUGGGGCUUAUGUUAAUCUUUACUGUGACGUGUUGAUUGGCUCUGGGCAAUGGCAGUGCGUGAUUUGCAAGAAGAUGAAUGGCAGCGAAGGGGAAUUCGUUGUCUCCAGCAAGCAUGAUCUGCUCCAGUGGCCUGAGCUUGCGUCAUCGGCCAUCGAUUAUGUGCAAUCAGGGAAUAGGAGGCCAAGCUUUGUCCCGGUGCCUGACACAAGGGUGUCUGGACCCAUUUUUAUCCUCAUAGAUGAGUGCCUUGAUGAGGCACAUCUACAGCAUCUGCAAGGUUCAUUGCAUGCUUUUGUGGAUACACUCCCUCCUACAGCUAGAAUUGGGAUCAUUUCCUAUGGGCGCACUGUCUCAGUGUAUGAUUUUUCAGAGGGGGCAGCGGUGUCAGCGGAUGUGCUACCUGGAAACAAGUCGCCUACCCAUGAGUCUUUGAAGGCUAUAAUCUAUGGAACAGGUAUAUACCUGUCUCCUGUACAUGCUUCACUGCCUGUUGCACACACAAUAUUCUCAUCUUUGAGACCCUACCAAUUGAGUUUACCGGAAGUGUCAAGGGACCGAUGCAUUGGUGCAGCGGUAGAGGUUGCCCUUGGUAUUAUCCAAGGGCCAGCAGCGGAGGUGUCCCGUGGAAUAAUCAAGAGAUCUGGAGGCAACUACAGGAUCUUGGUUUGUGCGGGUGGCCCUAGCACAUUUGGUCCAGGAUCAGUGCCUCAUUCUGUUCAACACCCAAAUUAUGCCUACCUCGAGAAGACAGCUAUGAAGUGGAUGGAGCGUCUUGGUCAUGAAGCGCAGAGGCACAGUACUGUUGUUGAUAUCCUUUGUGCUGGAACAUGUCCUGUGAGGGUUCCUGUAUUGCAGCCACUAGCAAAGUGUUCUGGAGGUGUUCUUUUACUUCAUGAUGAUUUUGGAGAGGCCUUUGGGGUCAACCUGCAAAGAGCGUCAACUAGAGCAGCUGGUUCCCAUGGCUUAUUUGAGAUUAGAUGUUCUGAUGACAUGCUUGUUACUCAAGUCAUUGGCCCUGGUGAAGAAGCAUCUCCUGAUUCCCAUGAAACAUUCAAGCACGAUACCUCAUUUUGUAUCCAGAUGCAUAGUGUCGAGGAAACACAGAGUUUUUCCGUGUCUAUGGAGUCAAAGGGUGAUAUCAAGAAUGAUUUUGUUUACUUCCAGUUUGCUGUCCAUUACUCUAAUAUGUAUCAAACAGAAAUAACCAGAGUAAUCACUAUGAGGCUGCAAACUGUUGAUGGUUUAUCUGCAUAUCUGGCAAGUGUGCAGGAUGAUGUUGCUUCGGUCAUCAUUGGCAAGAGAACUGUCUUGCGUGCCAGAACUGCCUCAGAUGCUAUUGACAUGAGGCUCACAAUCGAUGAAAGAGUUAAGGACUUAGCUCUCAAAUUUGGUACUCAAGUUCCAAAAUCAAAGCUUUACCGGUUUCCAAAAGAGCUGGCAUCACUACCUGGGUGUUUGUUUCAUUUGAGAAGGGGACCACUCUUAGGUAGCAUAGUAGGACAUGAAGAUGAGCGAUCUGUCCUUAGGAAUUUGUUCUUGAAUGCCUCAUUUGACCUCUCGUUCCGUAUGUUAGCACCUCGUUGUAUAAUGCACCGCGAAGGUGGUACCUUUGAGGAGCUGCCAGCAUAUGAUCUUGCCAUGCAAUCUAAUGCUGCGGUGGUAUUGGACCAUGGAACUGAUAUUUUCAUAUGGUUGGGUGCUGAACUAGCAGCCCAAGAAGGACAAAGUGCUGCAGCUUUAGCAGCAUGCCGUACACUGGCUGAAGAACUCAGCGAGCUCCGUUUUCCGGCUCCCAGGAUACUUUCAUUCAAAGAAGGGAGCUCUCAGGCUAGAUAUUUUGUCUCACGCCUUAUCCCAGCUCACAAGGACCCUACUUAUGAGCAGGAGUCAAGAUUUCCUCAGUUACGGACACUUACUCCUGAACAAAGGUCUAGGUUGAAGAGCAGCUUCAUCCACUUUGAUGACCAUAGUUUCUGCGAGUGGAUGCGCAGCCUCAAAUUGGUUCCACCUGAACCAAGCUAAUACCAACAAUCGGAUCCCUAAAGGUGGAUAGCUGAAGAACCCAAGGCUUGGUUUCUGAUAGAGUUGCGAAACGAUAGCUGAAAGUUUUGUGAAGUAACAUUGUGCAUUGCGGGACACAUGCCAAUGCCAAACACAUUUUGUUUGGAGUGGUGGGAGUUGUAUGAUUUUGCCCGAUUCUUUCUUCUGACGCCAUAGCAUACAGUUUAAAUUGUCACUUGUCUUGCAGGCGCCAAAUUUACACAAUAAAAUGGUCUCCUCCUGUUGGAUAGUUCAUUAAUUGGAUGUUUAUAUGAUAUAUCUGGCCUAACUAUUUUUUGGAUUCCA